AUGGAAGAGGAUUAUUACACCCUUUUGGAAGUUGAUCGUAAUGCCGAUGGUGAAGUAAUUAAGAAGGCAUACCGACGGCUUGCACUUCGCUGGCAUCCUGAUAAGAACCCCAACAACAAAGAAGAAGCAGAGCACCGAUUUAAACUACUGGGUGAAGCUUACGAAGUUCUCUCCGACCCCCGGAAGCGCGAACUGUAUGAUCUCUAUGGUAAGGAGGGUAUUGUAAAUGGUGGUCCAGCCCGCAGAGGCAGUGCACGCUAUUCCACCGCAGAUCCCUUCUUUACACCGUUUGUAUUCCACGACCCUAUGGACAUUUUCCGAGAGGUUUUUGGCGACUCAGGAUUUGACCAACUUUUUGGUUCCAUGUUCGCUGCUCCAGUCCAUCGUGUACAUCGUUCUGCUACAACUGCUAAUAGCAGUGCACGUCAUAAUGGAACUCCUUACUCUCGUCAACAGAGAAGAGCCUCACACCACAAUGAUCUUCGACCUUAUGGUGGUGGAGGUGGUCUCCUCGACGGUAUGCUUGGCGGUAUGUUUGGGUCCUUCUUCGGUGGUGGAUUGUCCGCCUUUGAUGCAUUUGAUCCGCAAAUGGGCGGUGGCUUUACUUCCGUCAGCAGUUCUUCGUCAUUUGGUGGCGGGCUAGGAGGCUCCAUGCGGUCCGUUUCCUCCAGUUGUCGCGUCGAAAAUGGAAGAGUGGUUCGCGUCACCAAGGUGCGCGAGAACAACGUAGAAACUGUUACAGAAGAAGUCGAUGGGCAGAUCGUCAGCCAGACAACACGGGACUGCACUACUGGUGCCAUAACUAUCCUAUGA